GCGGGUUCCCCGUCUUCCGAUCCUUUCGCGUCGACCACGUUUUCAUCGUCAGCCAGUAGCAGCAGCAGCAUCAGUAGCUCGAACGCCAGAUCGUUCUCUCCGACGCUACCGACAUCCACGUCCGCGUCGUUCACCGAAGACUUUCCCUUCCCUCCAGGUCACAAGUUCCGCUUCACUCUGCCGUUGUACAAUGUGUCGAUUCCGGAGAAUUCGAUCGGCAAGACGUACGUGGUGCCCGAGGAAAGAAUGGGCAUCAAACUCGCGUCGCCCGACUCCAAUCUCGACAUUCGUUUCCGUAUAAUGAGCGGCGACCGCGACAAGUUCUUCAAGGCCGAAGAACGCACCGUCGGUGAUUUUUGUUUCCUGUUGAUUCGGACUCGAACCGGUAACGUUGACGUGUUGAACCGCGAACGAAAAGACCGUUACGUGCUCGAGGUGCGCGCCACCUUGAAUAAAGGCGACGGAAAAAACCGGGUGACUAUCAUGGAGGCGGAUACCACGGUCGUAGUGACCAUCUUGGACACGAAUGACCUAAACCCGCUGUUCUAUCCGACCGAGUACGAGGCAACCAUCACAGAGGACACGCCUCUGCAUCGCAGCAUACUCAGGGUAAUAGCCGAGGACGCCGAUCUCGGCAGGAACGGCGAGAUUUAUUAUAGCUUCGCCGAGGAGACCGAUCAGUUCGCCGUUCACCCGGUCAGUGGGGUAAUAACGCUCACCAGGCCGCUCAGAUACUCGGAGCGAGCACUUCACGAGUUGGUGGUAUUAGCAAAGGACCGUGGAGCCCUUUACCGCAGCGGAGGGACCAGAAGAGCCAGCACAGCCAAGGUGACCAUUAGAGUUCGUCAAGUCAAUUUACACUCACCCGAAAUCUACGUGCACCACCUGCCAGAUAUCGUAGAACAAUCGAACGCCGAUAUCUACGCGAUCGUUCGGGUGGUCGACAACGACGAAGGUAUUCACGGUCAGAUCGCGAGUCUGGACAUCGUGGGUGGUGACCCAGCCGGUCACUUUAGGGUACGGCCAGCCGGUGGACCACAUUCCGGUGAAUACAAUAUCGAGGUGCUACAUCUGCUGGAUCGGGAGACAGCGGUUCAGGGUUACAAUUUGACACUCCGUGCAACAGAUCGGGGCGUUCCACAACGUUACAGCUACAAAUUUGUGCCCGUCCAUCUGGCCGAUCUGAACGACAACGCACCAGUGUUCAGUCGAGAAAUCUACGAGGUGAAGGUGCCCGAGACUGCUCCCAUCAACACGCCGGUGAUCAGACUGAAGGUGACGGAUGCUGACGAGGGGAAGAACGCGUUGGUGUUCCUGGAGAUCGUGGGCGGUAACGAAGGUGGAGAAUUCUACGUGAACGCGGAGACGGGAAUGCUAUACACCGCGGUGAACUUGGACGCGGAGAAGAAGGCGUUUUAUACGUUGACAGUGUCCGCGGUGGAUCAAGGGAACGCUGGAACGAGGAAACAGUCGUCCGCCAAGGUUAAGAUCAAUGUGGUCGACACGAACGACAACGAUCCGACGUUCGAGCAGUCGGAGAUGGAGGUGUGGAUCGACGAGAACGAGCCAGCCGGCACAUCGGUCGUGAAGAUCACCGCGAAGGAUCGUGACUCCGGCGAGAACGCCUACAUCUCGUACAGCAUCGACAAUAUUCAGAAGGUGCCGUUCGAGAUCGACCAUUUCUCCGGCAUCGUGAAGACCAAGCAGGUGCUUGACUACGAGACCAUGAAGAGAGAGUACUUGUUGCAUGUGCGGGUCAGUGACUGGGGCUUGCCAUACCGGCGACAGGCAGAGAUGCAGCUGCACGUGAAAGUGCGCGACGUGAAUGAUAACAGACCGCAGUUCGAGCGAAUCGACUGUACCGGCCACGUGCCUCGAUACGUACCCAUCGGCUCCGAAAUCAUCACCGUCUCGGCCAUCGACUUCGACGCCGGCAACAUCAUCAGUUAUCGCAUUGUCUCUGGCAACGAGGACGGCUGCUUCGCCCUGGACUCGGCCAGCGGCGUACUAUCCGUGGCUUGCGACUUGUCCGACGUCAAGGUUACCGAGCGAAUGGUCAACGUCACGGCCACGGAUGGAUCACACUUCGCGGACGUGAAUCCCGUACACAUGCACCUGGUAAAUGCAAAACGGAACCUAGGCUCGCAGGGAAGAAUUCUAACGGACCAGAGCGGCGCCUUCGAGUGUCGUGACACGGGGGUCGCUCGAAGAUUAACGGAAGCCAUCGCUGCCGCAGAGAGAAACAACAUGCCUUCCAAAGACGACGAAUAUGCUUUGACGCCAAGCAGAUACGGCGAGAACAUUCACGCGCCCGAAUUCGUCGAUUUCCCUAGCGAAAUAAAAGCCAACGAAUCGGUAAAGAUAGGAACGACCCUCGUCAAGAUACGUGCCAGAGACAGAGACUUGGACUACAAUGGGAAAUUAGUAUUUUGCAUAUCCAGCGGUGAUCGCGACUCGGUAUUCGGUAUCGAUCCUGACACCGGCGAUUUGAACGUCAUAGGCUACCUGGAUAGGGAACGCGAGAGCGAGUAUUUUCUGAACAUCAGCGUGUACGAUCUGGGCAAGCCACAGAAGUCUGCGUCGAAGAUGCUCCCGGUCACAAUUCUCGACGUGAACGACAACGCUCCGAAAUUCGAGAAGUCCCUGGCAAGCUUCAGGAUUUCAGAGACUGCACUGAAUGGAACGAACGUGUGGCGGGCGAACGCGACUGACGCGGAUCUCGGGGAGAACGCGCGCGUCACUUAUUCCCUGGUGACCGAGACGAACGAUUUCCGUGUAGAUCCGGUGACGGGCGUGCUGACCGUUUUCGGCAGAUUGGACAGGGAACGACAAGAGAUCUACGAGCUAAGAAUACGAGCGCAGGAUAACGGUGGCAAAGGGACCGACUCACCGCCAUUGUACUCGGACGCUUUGGUCAGGGUGACGGUCGACGACGUGAACGACAAUGCACCCAGUUUCGCGUUGUCCACGUACACGGUGAAAAUUCGAGAAGACGUACCGAUAUGGACGGUCGUGGCGGUCGGCGACCGAUCCCGACGAGGCAUCCGGUGGCGACAUCGAGUACUUCCUGUCUGACGCCAUGGAGAGCGAGGGCUACUUCAAAGUCGAUAAAAUGUCCGGCACUAUUAGGACCACCCAAAGCUUAGACUUCGA